UUCGCGCCUUCCUUCCCUAUCUAACCUUUGACCCGUAACUUGGCGGGAAAGUUGUUUGCGGCGGUGUCUCCAAAAUCGCAACAAUUUUUCUAGCGGGAUGGCCCAGCGAUCUAUCGCGUCGUUUUUUGCGCCUAGAGUAAAGACUCCGAAACAGGACACAUCGGCGUCUGGCUUGAAGUCACCCCUGAAGACCAAGAAUGGCUCCCCUCCGGCCUCAGCCCAUGGAGACGACUCCCCAGUCAAGUCUGUUCCACGUAAAAAGGCGCGGCGCAUCAUCGACAGUGAUGAUGAUGAUGAAGAAGAGGAGGGAGAGAACGUCGCCAUGGAAACGGAACCAAGUAAAUCAGCUGAUGAACAGAAGGAAGUGAAGGAUGCUGACAGGGCCCCCAAGGUUGUGGAGAAGGUGAAAGAUGAGAGUGACGAGGUUCCAUCUCCCAAGAUGCCGAGGGUCACGUACAACGGACCAAACCUCCAGUCUCCAGGGGGCAUCCCCAAGAGGAAGACUGCUCGCAAGCAACUCCCCACUCCGAAACGUAAACUCAUUGAGACAAAGAGCCCCACAUCCAAUGGGCACACAUCACCCACUUCGGGUGAAGAAGAGUCAAGUGCCAAGAAAGUGAAAACAGAGCAAAAGGAAGAGAUGGAAGAAAAAACAGAAGAAAAGAUGGAUGAAACCCCUGAUAAAGAAGUGAAAAAAGAACUUAAGGAUGACGAAAGUGUCCAGCAAAACAAGAAGAAAAGUCCAAAGCAGAAGAAAGAGAAGCAAAGUCCAAAGUCUGCUGAGAAGAAGAAGAAGGUAAAGGAGGAGCCAGAGGAGGAAGAAAAGGAGACAGCUGGUCCUUCUGAAGACUCCAUGGAUUCUCUGUUUGCUGCUGUAAUCAGGAAGGCAGGAGAAGCAACAGCGGAAAAAAAGAUGGAGGAAUCUGAGGAAAGCAAAGAAAAGAGCACUAAAUCUUUAAAGUCACCAUCUGACAAGAAAGCAGUGAAGAAGGAGGAAGACAGCAGCAAGAAAACCAGCGCAGGAAUCGGCUCCUUCUUCUCCCCAAAGAGACCUGCCACCUCCUCCCAGGCUUCUGAUGAAUCGAGUGAGAAAAAAGCCUCCCCUAAACCUGCUGCCAAGUCGAUGUCUGCAUUCUUCAAGCCUAAACAGGAGGCUGAAAAAACGUGA